CACCAACAUUCAUUCAUCUUCUCUCUCAAAAAAGUAGAGUGUUUCAUUCUUUCUUUCUUUCUCUCUAAAGUUUCUCAGAGUUUGAAAAACGAUUCCAUUUAUAAACUUCUGCCUAGUAUCAUAAACUUGAUUUUUGUAUUUAUUUACAAAUUUGCGCAAGCAUUAUGCAAGUUAUGGUAAUUUCGACAGAGCAUGCCAAUAACGACGACAACAACAACAACCUAUGAAAAAACCAAACACAUUGUUGUCACUGUUGUUCUGGUUUCAAAUUCUCUACAUAAGCCUCUCCUUAAAAUGAAGUUGAGAUACGGAAGAGACGUCAAGAGGAGACAAACCUGAACAACAACAAGAACAACUUUUGCAGUUUGCGAAGAGGAGUAAAGAUGUUUGAAUGCAUAAGAUGUAGUAAUAGGAAGCAGACGGCGGAAGAUAAGGAGGAUGAAGAGGUCGGUCAGAGUAAAGAAGCCGUCAAAAGCCUGACUGCGCAGAUAAAAGAUAUAGUACUCAAGUUUACAGGUGCUUCCUGCAAACGAUCCAGCUCCUACAGAAAAGGACUGAGAUCUUCUCCAAACUCGGUAGAGAACUCAGAAAGGGUUCAAUAUCCUUAUAUGGGAGGUGCAACCUCAGGUUCUACUCCUCCUUGGGAGUUACGUGGAAACUACAGGAAUGGCAACCAAACUCCUAGAGUGCAAGAGCCGGUUGUGGCAGAACCUGAAGCAGUGGUGGAGGAAGAGAUUGGAAACAAAGUUUGGGUGGCACAGGUGGAGCCGGGGGUUGAUGUUACCUUUCUGUCUCUUCCUGAUGGUGGAAAUGAUCUCAGAAGAAUUCGAUUCAACCGAGAAAUGUUUGAUAAAUGGCAAGCUCAAGUAUGGUGGGGAGAGAAUUAUGACAGAAUCAGGGAGCUAUAUAAUGUCCAGAGAUUUAAUCGUCAAGCUCUCAACACUCCUCCACCGUCCGAGGAUGAGCAGAGAGAUUCUUCUGACCCAAGGCAUCACCAAACUGCAAGAGAUAGCCCUGUGGCUGCAUGGUUGAACAAUGAUUCAAUGCUGAGGAAUCAGAAUUAUAGUCCUUCGGAUUACACUAUGGGUCAAGGAAGCAGUAGCAACCAAGAAAUGCAUGCAACAGGGUCAUCCAUGGAAGCAUCAAGAGCCUCUUCUAAAGAUGAGCUGGUUUUCAGCAAUGCAGUUGGAGUUGAGUCCGAAUGGAUUGAGCAAGUUGAGUCUGGUGUGUUUGUUACUAUCAGGCGGUUACCUGAUGGAAACAAGGAGCUUCGCCGUAUCAGAUUCAGCCGACAGAGGUUUGGAGAUGAAGAUGCAAGGAAAUGGUGGGAAGAGAACAGAGAAAGAGUUCAAGUUCAAUACAUAUGAAGUUUCUAUAGCAUGCUGAUGAAAAAAGUGAAUUAUGUCUCUAGUUGAUUGGAAUCACCAAUUUUUUAUUUUAUGAAUUGGUGAAUAAGGUUUCAUAGCUUAAUAAGUUAUUGAGUUUAAUUUGUUUA